AUGUUCCGCAACGCGUUUCAGCAUAGAUUCGUGACGGUGUUCACUAGUGCCGGUAGUAAACCGCUUUCCAUCUGGGAUGUGUUUACAAAAAAUGGCCACGCCAGGCGCGUAACCGAUGAGCAUAUCCGUUCCUUGGCUUUUGAGCUGACCGGUGUAAACGUUGCUACCACCUACAUGGUGGCGCCCUGUGCUCCGUGCCCUUCGCUCUCAAUCAAACUUCCGUUUCUUGUGAUGUUGGUGAAAAAUAUGAAAAAGUUCUUUUCCUUCGAAAUUCAGAUUUUAGAUGAUAGACAAUCGCUUCGCCGGUUACGCUUUUCCAACUAUCAGAGCGGCACGCGGGUAGAUAACUUCAGCACCUCCAUGCCCCUGUCGUUGACUCCGGGCUGGAAUCAUAUACAGUUCAAUUUGGCCGAUUUUACACGCAGAGCGUACGGUACGAACUAUGUCGAGACGGUCCGGCUGCAGAUACACGCCAACGUGCGUAUCAAGCGCAUUUACUUCUGUGAUCAACUUUACACAAACGAUGAGACACCGCCCGACUUGAGACUGAUGCCACCGGUCCGGCCAAAUCGUAUGAUGCAGCUAAAGAUGCAGCAAAAGGCGCAGGCGAAGAUACCGCAUGAGCCAAUCGAAACGGUUCGGCCUCCGACGCCAAUAGAUAAUACUGCUGUGGCAAAUCAGUUGGAGAAUGAGCUUAUUGCACCUGCAGAAUGCGCUAUUGGUACAGAACUCUAA